GUUCAUCCCUGGAAAGGCAGCGCGUAGUCGCGUACCACCGUACUCAUGGCGGCAACAAACCUCUCCAAUCCCGAUUCCCUGGAUGUGCUAACAUCGAUGGUGAAUCAAACGCUCAUUGAGACUGGCCGGUUUUUCAAAUCCGGGGGCUCCAUGCAGUCCCGAGCCCAGCUCAAACGUUCACUUCCCGCUGCCCACGAGCAAUUCCAGAGCGCUCUGGAUGAGUUAUCUGAGCAGAUAUUCAUCGCCAAGGCUUUCCUGGAGAGAGACUAUGAGGCAGUCAGAGCCAAGAAGGCUGCCCUUCAGCCCGUCGAAGAUGUUGUUAUGAGUGAACCGGAAGCCAAGGUUGAGCCGGAAGCAACACCGCAACAUCCCGAGCAGCACGCGGUCGACGCAAGCCCCGAACAGAUCAAGACCGAAUCAGCCGCCGAUGUUUCUCCCCAAAAGCCACCAGCAGAUGCGAACGCUGGUCAACAGAGCUCGGGUGAUAAGCCUGUCAAGGUGGAGAAGUCCGAGGAAGGUGCUGCUGCCGCUCCUUCGGCGCAACCACUUUCUGCGCCAGGAGAUUUCAACUUUGAUUCCAUGCUGAACGACAGCAACGGCGCUAAUGAUUUCGAUCUAAACCUCGACUUUGGAGACGACGUUGGGAACGACGGGUUCUUGUCAGGUUCCAACCUCGUCAAUACCGGCAACGAUGACAACACUGGCCAUGACGGGGCGAAUAAUCAGCCCAGCAAUGCUACAACAGCCUUGCCUGGCACGGAGAACCCCACAGCCUCCGCGCCAAUGGGUGGGGACGCGUUUGACCUGGAGCUACAGAAGGCAGAGGCCUUUUCUGCCCAACCCGGGAACGCGGGAGAGCAGUCUUUUGAUGGACACGGCGGCGGUAACAUGGAAGAUGUGAUGGCGCCGGGAGAAUCUAGCUUCGAUGACCUGUUUAUGGAAAACGAUAAUUUUGGAGGGGGUGGUGGGGAUGCUAGCCUGCUGGAUGGAGACGGGCUAGUAAACAUCACCGACUUGGACGAUAGCUGGUUUACUUGAUAUCUGCAUGAUCGUGGCGAUUCUGCUCGACAAUAAGCAAAAGCAUUCAGCGACAUAUCACACGACCUACAGCUCAUCUUGGAUGGCUAACUUUUAUGGCAUAAUAUGACAUGAUGGAAGAAUAUUU